AUGGCAGGCUCCAGGCCUUUGCUAGGUUCACCGUUCGUGAAACCACAUGCCGCUGCGAGGUACUCUUCACCCACCACCUCCCCGUCCGCUGCUCAUGCCAGAGCACGAACAUCCAGGAGGUCAGAGCAUGGCUCCGAGGGUUCACGUUCAACAUCGGUGGUACGGUCGGACUCGGGCUCAGAAGGACCACCUCCUUUGACCACAACGUCAGGCUCUGGCAACUGGCUACCGGCCUGGUGUGGGGUCUCACAAUCAACGCAUUCGGACGCCUCUUCAGAUGAUGCGAGUUCGUCGUCCGAGGAAUGGGGCUCGGCAUCAGAAUGUCCAACAGUCUCAUCCACUGGAGCAGAGCAUGGGUCCGCUUCGAGCUCGAUCAACUCGACUUCCGACGACUCAGAAACUCCAGGCCCUGAUGACCGUCAACCAGUAGCUCCAGAGCCGGAUGAUCCAGAGGAGCUGGACACUCAGACUCGGACUGGGAGAACAGUCAGGUGCAUACCAGGCGAACAGCACGUCAACGACUGUAGCUGUCCCAAAGGUAAAGGCAAGGCCUUCCGAACACCACUCCCGCGGCCAGCAAAUGGUGGUCCCAACCCGCGCCCAUCAAGACCAAAUCUACCACGGGCCUCACUCUUCAAUCAGCCAGAGAGGCAUCCCAACGCGGAACUUCCGUCGAAUGCGCCUGGUCUGCCCCCACGACGCAACCAAGCAUCCUCGUCCCAGCAAGACAGCGGCAUCUUGAGAUUGUCGAGACCCAUCUUACCGACGAACAAUCCCUUCCGCGAAAUCCAACAGCCCGGUCUUCGAAAUGUCGCAUGGGGCUACUUUUACCGAUCCAGACUAUCCUGGCUGGUGCGCGCUCUGGCAAAUGAUCGAGCACAUAUCGAGCCCUACUCAAACAGCAUAGCAGAGAUCAAUGAGGACAUCAGGAUGGCACUUGAGACCAUCAUACUCAUGGCGCAACGGCCCGAAUUCCUCUGCGAUGCCGUCUUUUUGUGGCGGUGCCGCCGAGUGAUCCGGGACGUCCAGGGUCUCAGGGAAGAGUUCUACAAGACGCUAGAGUACAUCCGGCGAACAAGGGCACUACGCGCAAGGCACUUGCUCGAUGAGCAGUACGAAAGAAUGAUUGACCGGACGAUGGCGCAGAUGCUGGAGAUGGUGAGGAGUUCGUACAGCUUUCAAGCAAGUCAUGUUUUCGACCUCGUCCAUUUUCGGAGAACUGAGCACGAGAAGAAGAAAAUCCUGUGGGCUUACCAACGGCGGGGGAAAUUCUGCUCGGAAUGGGUUUCAUGGGAUGAGCUUGAGGAAGCAGCCGAAUAA